AUGGGGGUUCGCCAGGAAGAAGAUGGGACUAAAGGAGUGUUGAUCAAGUGGAAGAACCUCCUUGAAUACAAGGAUAUGUGGGAGCCUUACGAGAGGAUGAAACAUCAGUUUCCUGAUUUUCACCUUGAGGACAAUGUGAUUAUUUGGGAUGGCAGUAUUGUUAGAUCGGUUCACAGUGAACCGAUCCAGUCGGCCCAAGGGGGACCAGCUCCUAUGGUUUACAAGAGGCGGAACUCAUCCGCCUCCUCUCACGUUUCCGCCAAAAGGGAAAAUAUGGUUAAAGGCAAAGAAAAGUCUAUUCCGUCAUUGCGGAGGGACCAUUCUUGGAAAUACAGUGUACAAGUUGACAUAAGCGGCGGUGAGAAGACUUAUGUGUAUUUGAAAAGUAAUUUUUGCGAGAAAGUUGUGAAGGGCGGAGUAACCCGCAUGAAGGAACACUUAUCAUGCUCUCAUAAGAACGUAGCACUGUGUGCAAAUGUGCCAGACAAGGUGAAUCAUGAAAUUAUUGCUUACAUGAAGAAAAGUACCACGGCAAAACACUUACAACAUGAGCAAUUUGAUGAAAGGGUCAAACAUGGUGCUUACUUCGGGAGUGAGAGUGGAAAGGGCUCUUCCUACACUAUACAUAAUAGAGGUGCACGGGGUCUGAUGGACCAGUAUAUGACUAAUCCAGGAGAGGAUAGAGGACAAGCAGAGAUGAUGCCUGCGGCUAGUACCAAAGAGGGUCAACGUCAGAAUGCCAUACAAUUUAAUGUUGCGACAUCGCCGGCUUACUUCAAUAUGCUGCGGUCUGUAGGGUUGUAUGAGAGAGGGUUGAAGGUACCUUCCAUGUACGAGUUACGAAUAUGGAUUUUGAAGGAGGAGCUACAGAACAUAGAGCGGAGCAUUGAUGAGAUUAAACGGACAUGGAUUGAGACUGGUGUAACCAUUAUGUGUGAUGGAUGGUUUGACAUGAAGAGCAGGAGCUUGAUUAACAUCCUUGUCAACAAUCCCUACGGCACAGUGUUUUUACGAUCAGUUGAAGCUUCAGAUGAGGUUAAAAAUGCUGCAUUCAUUUUCAAUUUACUAUAUGGAAUUAUUGAGGAGAUUGGGGAGCAAUUGGUUGUUCAAGUGGUGACUGAUAAUGUCAGUGCAUACAAAGCAGCUGGUCAGAUGUUGAUGGAGAAGAGGAAACACCUAUAUUGGACCCCCUGCGCAGCACAUUGUAUCGAUCCAUGGGUCUUAGCCUUGAUGAGAAAGUUUUCAAAGAAGGAAAUCAUUCGCCUGCAACCACUAGGUUAUGUUAUUACAUUUGUGCAAUGCAAAUCAUUAUCAAUUCCUAAUGCAAGUUUAUUCUACAGGUUCGCCACAUCUUAUUUGACAUUGCAGAGACUGUUGGAUGUGAGACAACCUCUGAAAGCAAUGUUUACAUCAACAGAAUGGAGAAGAAGAUUCCCUUGA